GAGGUGAAGGUGGCGUUGGUGUUGAUGGCGUUCAGCAGCAGAGCUGACGAUGUUCAUUUUGCUCUGCAGAGAGCGAAGAAGAAGAUCAGCAACCUGCAGUGGCAACUGAGCAACAGGGAGACCGGUUCAGAGAGUCCAGCAGAGACCAGCGUGUCCACAUGGACGCCCAGCAAGGAGCUCCGAGACUCUCUGGUGGAUAUGUACACAGCUAAUCCCAGAGUGAACGUGGAGCUGCGACAGCGUCUGCCUUCACCUGCAACGCAGCAACUCAGCAACUCAACGCAGCAACUUGACCAUACUGACUGGCCUCACGCCCCUCAGCACCUUCAGGAGCAUCCAUCCUCCUCUGCCUCCCCUGUGACACACAAGAGGUCUGUCUCUCCUGUCUCACCCCUCUUCCACAGGAGGUCUGUCUCUCCUGUCUCACCCCUCUUCCACAGGAGGUCUGUCUCUCCUGUCUCCCCCCUCUUCCACAGGAGGUCUGUCUCUCCUGUCUCUCUGCUGUCCUCCAGGCCUCAAGGAGGUGCAGGGGAGAUGGAGAUGGACCUUCCCCCCAGUCAAGGCCCUUCUCCUCGGGCAGAGAGCUGCAAAGAAGGCCCUGAUGGAGGAAGAACAUCCAGAGGUGCCGGUAGUCCUGCAGUCAGAAGACACCUGUUCAGCACUGACGACAGCUCUCAUCCGGACGCCAUGUUUGGUCCAAUCACAGCGCCCGCUCGAGUUCAGAGUUUUGAUCGAGACAAAAAUAUCUCGUUUUUACUGAAGGAGCUCGACGCUCUGAGAGACGUCAACAAGAAGCUGCUGGAUCAGCUGGUCCAGAAGGAGAAAGAGCUGCAGAGGAGGGAGGUGGAGGAGGAGAUGAGGGAGGAGCAGAGGGAGGCCCAAGACUGGGAGAGACCUGCAGCGGUGCUGGAGGAGGUGUUAGUGGCACAGAAGGUCCGAGAUCAGGCUCUGAUGUCAAGACUCCUGCUGGCUAAUGAGGAGAGAGAUGAGGCUGUGCUUCGUGCACGACAACUACAGCAGACCUCGGAGUUGGAGAAAGUUCAACUUGAGGACUCGGACAUGGACGUUGACGAGCUCCUUCAGUGUGUUUGUGACGCCGACUCAGUACAGGAAGUGGAACAGUUCGGUUCAGUUCUGGUUCAGCGCCUGCAACUGGCAAGGCAGCGAAGAAAAGACAUCACUACUCAGGAAAUGAAGGCUGUGAUGGAGGAGAGAGACGGCUGUGUCGCUAAGUGUAAACGACUGGAACAGGAAGUGAUUCAGGAGAGAGAGCAGAGGGCGAGCAAGGAGGAGCUGCUGAGGCUUCAGAGAGAGAGAGGCGGAGCUAUGGAGGACAAGCGGUGGCUGGAGGCGGAUCUACAGGUGCUACAAGCCAAUCACAGCUCUCAUGACGUCCUCACCGCUCCACGCUCGUCGCCCGGUGACGAUGUCUGUGCGCCGCCUCAGGCCCCGCCCCUGCUGGUCCAGGUGCAGCAGCUGUCAAAGGAGAAGCAGAGUGUGGAGGCGGAGCUUCAGCGCUGUCAGGAGGCGGAGCGAGAGGCCAGCGAGAGAGUCCGCAGUGUGAAGAUGAAGGGAUGAGAUUCAUGAUGAAAACAGCUUAAGUCGUCCGCCUGCGUCCCACGCCGUCCUCCUGGGCUCAAACCCGCGGCUCUAAUUUGGCUGCCAGCGGGGGGGAGGCCGGCUCUGAAGAGCCUCCCAAGUUUGUGAACAGAGGAGAGAAUAUUUACUCUGUGGAGGAGGAGGGUGAUCAAAUGUACUGAAAUGUACUGCUUAUUACUGAGGUACUUAAAUUUAGUCUGUACAGAAAGACAGACAGACAGACAGAGAGAGACAGACAGAGACAGUCUUC